UUGCCGUCUACUCUGCUGUUGAGCAUUAACACUUUUAGUUGGCGUUUUUAUCGGCUGUUGUGCAUUAACUUCUGUUCAAAAUAAACGAUUUUUAUUAAAAACAAUUCUCUUAAAUAUUACCCAAACUCAUACGUAUUUUUGUUUAAUACAAAUAACUUUGUAAUUGGUCGAACAAGAUAAAUUACGUGUUCUAAAGAGACGGGUAAAAGAAAACGAGUGUGAACCAGCAAAUAAAAAAAAAUUCCGUGCCUGUAGUUGUGUUUGUGCAUGAGUAGAGUUGUUUCAAUACAAUCAAACUACGUACAUACGUUUUUUUCUCGCGUGAAUACCAAAAGCAGAAGUGUGUAGUAGAGUGCUUGGCAAUUGAAAGCAAAGAAUAAAAGUUCUGCGGUGUUUUUUUAUUGUUUGAACAAAGUUUUAGAUUUUAUCCUAAAACAAGAGCAUUGAUAUUCAAUUGAUAUAAAGUCAUCAAAAUAAGAAGAGGAAAACAUGUCCGAGGUUGUGGAAAAUAUUGGUGAACAACAGCAAAAUAGCGCGCCAUCAACAGAAGCUGCAGCGCAGCCGACUGAGGCGACAGAAGUUACAAAACAAGUUGAAGCUGAGACUCCCGCUCAAAGUGAGGCCAAGGAGGAUGCCACUACAAAAACACCAGAUGCUGAUGUGGAAUCCGCUGCCGCAUCCACAGAAAAACAGGCCGAGUCAUCGUCAUCAUCAUCGCCCGUAGUGGAGAGCAAAAAGACACCCGCCAAACGUACCCCAUCAAAACGUUUAUCCCAUGUGGAACGUGCCCGCCUAGAAAGCGAGGAGCUAGUUAAGAAUAUGGGUGGUUCAUUGGAAAUGGAAGGUGGCAGACGGACACGGUCCAGUACCAGAGGUACACCAACCAGAGCGGCGGCGGCCGCAACACCACCACCUGCCAAAAAGGCACGUACCUCACCGGCCAGUGGUGCCAGCACACCGACACGUGCACGCGGUCGUGGUCGCAAAUUGGAUACAUCUGUAGAUGGAGGGGAAGAGGAGGAGGAAGUUAAGGCUACACCCAGCAAAAAGAAAACUCCAGCCAAGGGUAGAGGUGGUAAGGCUGCAGCGGCCAAGAAUAAAGCAGCCGCCGAAAAGGAAGAGGAAGUGGAAGAAAUGGAAACCGGAGAAGAAGAGAAGAAACCUGAAGAAGAAAGCAAAAAGUCCGAAGAAGUGGUAGAUAGUGCUGCUGCAUCCAAGGAAUCUGAAGAAAAAUCAAAAGCCGAGAAAGUCGUAACUGAAGAAAGCCAGCAACCCGAGGUAGCGACCAAGGCUCAAACACAGGAGACAAAUAAAACAGAUGAAGAAAAAUCUUCAGAAGAGGCCGCACCCGCAUCUGCCCCCGCUGCUGCUGCCGUCGAGGAGCCAACAAAACCACAAGAAACAGCCACAGAAGAACCUGCAGCUAAAGAUGUCACAGACACAGCACCCCUGCAACCGGUCGUCGAAGAAACCCAAAGCCAAGUUGCCGAUGCUGCUGCUGUGGUUGCCGAAGAAUCUUCUGCCGCCAAAGCUGAUGACGUUGUUGUCCUACAAUCAGAUUCCAUGAGUUCAGAUGAAGUUGAAUUGGUGGAAAAUGCCGCUGUGGAAAAACCAACAUCAAGUUUAGAACAGCAACAGCCGCAACAAUCAACAGAUGCUACAACUGUUGCUGCACCUGCUGCCCCUACUGUGACGGCCAGCGAAACUGUAGUUAUUGAAUCUAAAGAUACAACUCCCGAACCCAUGGAAGUCGAUUCAAGUUCAUCAAGUAAUGAUGUUGUAGAAAAAAUGGAUGAUGAGGAUGUAGCAAUAGUUGAAUCACAAACACCAGCCGCAGCAACAACAAGUGAGGCUACUGCCGCUCCCGCUGCAGAGGUUGUCAGCACAACCCAAGUGGUGGAAACAAAUGAUAAACAUGCAACUGAGGCUACUGCCACUGCUCCCCAGGAAAAUUCAACAACAGACACUGUUGAUAGUGCGGAUGUUGCUGAUGUCGUCACAACAACACCCAAUAAUGGCGCUAAUUCGCUGGAAAAUGAUUCGGCGAGCAAUGCUGUUGCUGCUGUUGUAAAUAAUAAUGCUGAAGAAUUAAACACAACAACAACACCUGCAAUUAAUAAAACAGCCGAAAAUGAUUUAUGUGAACCAAAAAUUGCCACAUCUCCACCAAUUACGGCGGCCAAUGAAAACAGCUCUACCACAACAACGACGCCGCAAACUUGUAAUUAAGAAGAAGAACAAGAAAACUUGGAGCUUUAACUCUAGCAAUAAUGCCGCCGCCUCUUCUCUAAUGUGCUGCUGUGCAACAACGGCAAUAUCACACCACACACACACACA